UCGUCUGGGAAAAAAUCCAACGUCUUUUCCCCUCCUCUAUUCCAGGGCUGUAGGACAAUGGAGAAGCUGCUUAGGAGCACUCAGGGCUGGUUUAGAGAGUGACUGGCAAGGAGUGUCUGAAGUUGAAGAAGGAAUCGGAGAGGAGGCCUAAUUUUGCCUGGAAUCUGGAAUCAUCUUGCAUCCUCUCCAAGGGUUUAGAGAGGAUGCGGGGAGGCCCUGUGCUGGAAGUGGCAUGGCUCAUGUUCCUGGCUGUGACUGGUGCACCUGGACAGUACGAAAAGCCUGCUUUUACCCCCAUCUUCACCCGCAAGCCCUUCAUUGUGGCCUGGAACGUGCCAACCCAGGACUGCCAGCCUCGCUUCAAGGUCGAGCUAGACUUCAGUAUUUUUGAUCUGCAGGCCUCACCUAAUGAGGGCUUUGUGGACCAGAACUUGACCAUUUUCUAUAAAGAGCGCUUGGGUCUUUAUCCCUACUAUGAUGGGCAGAAAGUUGCAGUGAAUGGAGGUGUCCCACAAAACAGCAGUUUGCGACAGCAUCUGGAGCGAUUAGCAGGAGGUAUUCAGAAAUACAUCCGCUCUGAGACGAAGGAGGGUCUGGCUGUGAUUGACUGGGAAGAGUGGAGACCCAUCUGGAUCCGGAACUGGCAGACAAAAGACAUCUACCGCAAUGCUUCCCGCCAGCUUGUGUUGGCUCGGCAGCCUGGAUUGGUGGAGGACCAAGUGAAGAAGGAGGCUCAAUACGAAUUCGAGUCAGCUGCUCGUGAGUUUAUGAAGGAGACCUUGAGAUAUGCCAAGAACUAUCGUCCCCGGCAGCUGUGGGGCUAUUAUCUCUUCCCUGACUGCUACAACCAUGACUACAGUAAGAACCAGGACAGCUACACAGGGCGCUGUCCAGAUGUAGAGAAGACACGCAAUGAUCACCUCUCCUGGCUCUGGAAAGAGAGUACUGCCCUUUAUCCUUCCAUCUAUCUGGAACAGAUGCUGGCCAACACCACAAAUGGCCGCAAGUUUGUGAGGUCUCGGGUAGGAGAGGCCCUUCGUAUCUCCCAGCAGCAUCAUGAUGAUUAUACCCUACCUGUCUUUGUCUACACCAGGCCCACCUAUAUACGCAGACUGGAUGUCUCUUACCUAAGUCAGAUGGACUUGAUCUCCACCAUCGGUGAGAGUGCUGCCCUGGGGGCAGCUGGUGCUAUCUUCUGGGGAGACGCAGAGAACACUAAAAGUCGGGAAACGUGCCAAGUGAUGAAAAACUACAUAGAGGGAGACCUUGGCCGUUACAUCAUCAAUGUGACAACAGCGGCUGAACUCUGCAGCCGGUCUCUGUGCAGCAGUCAUGGCCGUUGCCAGCGCCAAGCCAGCGACGCUGACGUCUUCUUGCAUCUCAGCCCAGACAGCUUCCAGAUCCACCGCAGUGGUCCUGGGCAGCAAAAGCCACUGCUUGUGGCCAAUGGGAAGCUCUCGCAGGAUGACAUGACCUUUCUACAGACCCACUUCCAAUGCCACUGCUACCAGGGAUGGCAUGGGGAAGGUUGCGAGGAGCAGCUGAACCCUCCGGGUGGUGGCUCCUGCCUUUGCAGUAGCCUGGGACUCCAGUUGCUGCUGACUGUCUUUCUUCUGGCCUGCUUGCACUAGGCUGCCUCUAACUGGAAUCCCCGUGGCUGCAGGCUAGUUCCUGGUGCAUAGAGUGGGAGAGGGAAUGCAAUAGGCAGUGAUGAUAGCUGGAAAAGGAGAAAUAGAAAUCACCGGCCUCUCCUUUUUUAAAAAAAAUAUCUUUAUUUAGCAGUGAUGUAGCAGACCUACUAUUUAAGAGACUGUCCUACCUCUCCCAUCUGCACCACUGGCCCUUUACAAGGCAAAAGAAAAAGGGCCUUCCUCCCCACUGACAGUAUUUCUGUUCACAGACAGGUGAGUUACAGGAGGAGAGGAUGGUUUGGGGGACUGGCAAAGGCAGGGGGGCUGCCAUGAGGCGUGGCCUGGUCUGCCUUUUCCCUGCCAUCCAGAAGUGCCUCUGACGCAGGAGUCGAUACAGUCCCUUGGAUUAGCUACCCAAAUGGUCUGUGAGGUGGGACAAGUUAUUGAAGGGUAGUUUGUGAGGAUGGGGGGAAAGGAUGAAUGUUUGUAUUCAGCACUGGUUUGGGGAGUUUGGGCUGCGAGGACUAGGGAAGGAGUGCUUGGCUCUUCUGUUGUAAGGAGGGAUGGGGGCACAUUUACAAAACUGGAGUCCUGAAGGCUGUUUAGGCCUUGGGAGAAGAAUGAUGGGUUUGAUGGAGCUGCUGUAGGGAGGAAAAAAUUGCUGCUGUUACACAUGCCUCUUUAGGAUAGACAGUAGGGAAGGAGAGAAGCACUGCUUGGCCAAGAGGGGAUGAUCCUAGGAAGUAGAGAGUUCUGAUGGAGAAAAUGCCCUUUGCUGACUGCAUGGGUGGGCAACACAUUUUAAUUGCUCUGAUAAGGGCAGUCAUGGGGUGGGUGGGAACGCCAUGCCUCUAUCCACACGGGCCCAGGCUGAGUUGGUGCCCUGCAUCUGUUACAGGAAAACCAAAAUGUUUUACCUCAAAAUUAAAGACACACGGAGAAAAUA